ACGGAGCGACCCGCGAGCGAAGCGGCGGAGACACGGUGACGAACGCGACUCUGUCCCGCGGGAAACGAGCCGAGCGGCGCGGACAUGUCCCCGCGGCGCAGGACAGCGGUGCGGACGCGGCGGAAAGCGGCGCGAACGCGGAGCCAGGCGGCAGAAGUGGACGGAGACUCGGAACGAGCGCUGCUGCUGCUGCUGCCGCCGCCGCCGCCAUCGUCGUCGGAGGAUUCGGGGGACAGUGGGUCGGACGAGCAGUGGGAGAUGCCGCCGUCCAAAAGGGGGCGCUCUGGUCCCUCUUCGUCCCCAAGGAAGGCGCUCUCUGCUGGGGCUGUGAACGGGAGCGCCCCCUGCUGGAGGAGAGGAGCGGCGACGCGGGGGAGGAGAGAGACGCACGAGGAGGCGGGAGGAGGAGGAGGAGGUGGCGCUCGCUGGCGUAACAUUGAGGAGGAGGACACCGACCCCGAGGAGCUGAAGUUCAGACCUUCUCGUAUCGUGGGCCCGCAGCUCAGCGUCACCUCCUCGUACUCUCCCCGCGAACUCUUCCAGCUCUUCUUCUCCUCCGAGGUCAUCACGUCCCUCAUCCAAAACACGAACUCGUACGGAAAACGCGCCAACGCCAACUUCGCCGCCGUCACGUCCAAAGACAUGUUCUCGUACAUCGCCCUGGUCCUGUACAUGGGCGUGGUCCCUCUCAAAACGCUCCUGGACUACUGGAGGAGCACACGUCUGUACACGCUGCCUUUUCCCUCCAGCACCAUGAACCGACAACGUUUUAACGACAUUUCUCGCUGUUUGCACAUGAACCAUCCCGACGUGGAAGCUGAGAACGAGCUCAAAAAGGGGACCCAAGAUUACGAUAAACUGUGCAAAGUGCGUCCUCUUUACAAACAGAUUUUGGAGGCGUGUCAGACGUACUACCACCCCAAACAGCACAUCUCCAUCGACGAAAGGAUGGUCGCGAGUAAAGCCCGGAUCGGCUUCAAGCAGUAUGUCAAAAACAAACCCACGAAAUGGGGCUUCAAGCUGUUCGUGUUGGCGGAUUCGAGCGGUUACACCGUCAACUUUUUCAUUUACGAUGGAAAAGUCGGAGAACCGUCGGGAAAUGGGCAAAGCUACGACGUCGUGAUGCGUUUACUCAACUCCACGAAAUUAGGAACGGGAUACAAACUCUAUGUGGACAACUACUACACGAGUCCAACGCUCUUCAGACACCUUCUCAAACGCAAGAUCUCCGCCUGUGGCACCAUCCGCUCGACUUUACGAGAUUAUCCGAAAGCGACGAGGAAUAAAAUGCCCCCGAAGGCUGCGCGCGGAACCAUCCGAUGGCUGCGACAGAAGGACCUGCUGUUCGUGAAAUGGUUCGAUGCGCGAGAAGUCACGAUCUGCUCCACGAUGCACAAGGCCAGCGCCAAAGAAUUCGUCAAACGGAAGGUGAAAAACGAGCAGGGGCGCUGGGCGGAGAGACAGGUGCUCGUCCCCGACUGUGUCAAAGAUUACAACCGGCACAUGGGCGGAGUCGAUUUAUCUGAUGCGCUCAUAAAUUCGUACAACGUGGUGCACAAAACAAAAAAGUGGUACAAAACGCUGUUCUACCACUUCAUCGACAUCGCCGCCGUCAACGCGUUUAUUCUGCACCGCCAGCUCAGCGCCAUGCACCGCCAAACGCCGCUCACGCAGAAGGCCUUUCGUGAAGCGCUCAUUUUGGAGCUGGCCGACAUCGGGUCGACGCCAAACCGGAGACUCAUCGCCACGUACCAGGCGGCGACGCCCGUCCAGCUCCCCCGCCCCUCUGCAGAUCCGCCCAUCGCCACGGACACCGGAAGCGAGCCGGACUUCGGGCUGGUGCACCUGGGGCAUCUGCCGGCGGCGUUCGCGGAGCAGCUCAAAGGCGUCCCGUCGCGGAUGAGGGGCACCACGGGGAGGAGGACCUGUGUCAUGUGCGGAAGUAAAACUCAGGUCUACUGCUCCGUCUGCCUCAAGACCAUGUGCUUCAACAGCUCCAGGAACUGCUACCGCGAGUUCCACCGCCGCAACCACAUCGCCUCCUAGAACUGAGACUGAGACUGUCAGGUGCUCAGAAGAGCGCAGGGAGCAGAAGCAAACUGUCAGGUCUGAAAACAAACUCUUGGUCUGAAAAAAGAACCUAAUAACAUUUGCCUUCAAACUGUUUAAAUGAAGCCACGAUGUGUCGUCCACAGAGGAUUUGCCACCAAAAAGAAAAAAAAAAGAAACAAACAAAAAAAACACAAGGCCGUACAAAAGCGGACGUCACAGCAAGAAAAAGAACAAUCAUGGAUCAAACCAUCAACACCAGCGAGAGUUUGGACUCAGACAAAUAAUGAUUUCAGCUGCUCUGAAACAUCUGCUGUGGAGGAACAUCUGCUGUGGAGGAACAUCUGCUGUGGAGGAACAUCUGCUGUGGAGGAACAUCUGCUGUGGAGGAACAUCUGCUGUGGAGGAACAUCUGCUGUGGAUUCGGCGGCAUUGAAGUCCAGUCCAAAGAUGAACCUCAGAGGUCGAACACGGACACAGCACAUAUUUGUUCUUGUCCUCUGACCACGGCACGAUCUUCUGUCUCUUGUUUCUCCUCCAUGUUCCACACACACGUUUUCUUUGUUUAUUUUCCUGUGUGUGACCCGAGGAACCUGCUCAGGUCCACCAGGUCACCACGGGUCACUCAGAAAAAACGAGUUUUACUCUGUUUCCGAACCGACACCGGCACGAUUCUGAAAACUCUACCUCUGUGUCAGGUGCCCUCCCCCCGUGUGUGUCAGGUGCCC